AUGGCGCCGCCGCCACCCUCUCCCCCAUCCCUAGCCCUGCUGUCCUCGUCAAGCAGUGGGGAACCAGCAGCCGAGCACCAACCUCGCCCGCGCCUCGGCCACUCCCUGGAGCUUCGCCAUGCCAACGAGGCCCCGGCGUCCUCCGCGACCGCGACGUCGCGCGGACUCGCGGCCACGAUGACCGCCGCCGAGCCGCACCGCGAGCACGUCGCCCCCGCAUCGUCCUCGCCAAGUCGAGCCACGGCCGCACCACCGCCCCACCUCGUCGCCACAACGCCGCCGAGCAGCAGCAGAACCGUGACAACGUCCUCGCCAUGGUCGCUGCCGAGCCACCACGACGCCGUCGUCCGCAACGUCGGUCGCGAUCCCGCAACCCCCAUGGUGACCGCGCCCUCGCCAAGCACCGCGACCUCGUCCGGUGUCCACGACCACGUCCAUGCCAGCCAUGGAGACCGCGACCGUGACCCCGAUAUCGAUCUGCGCCACCACGACGAUGCCGUGCUCAUGCCCCGUUGCCCCCGCGUCGACCUCGUCCCCGGAGCCCCAACCUCGUCGCGACGCCGCGGCCGUGCCUCUGCUCUGAGCCAUGACGCCGUGACCUCGCCCAGGAGCCCGCGACGCCCCCGUCCUCGCCACGGUCACCGCAUCGAACUCCUAUGCACGACCUCGCCAAGCUAA